GGAACAAGUCCUGCCCCACGUAUGGAGGGGGAGAACACUGAACCUGACUGUUUGACCUCCUUCAACUGCUUCAACUCGAAAUCAUGGAGCCCAAAUUGACACAUAUCUUCACCCUUCAACUCCAGGUUCCCCGGGAAAGUGUCCGUCUAGGAACGCAUCCUAGUGGCUCUCAAAAGCAUAUUACUCCACUGAAUGGCGGGGUUUUCCGCGGUGUUCUCAACACCCGCGGCGAGGGCAUGGACGCCACUAUCGUGCCUGGUGGAAGUGACUGGGUGCUGCAUGACCCGGUUACGGAUGUGAUGCAGAUUGAUGUUCGCACCCAGGGUAAGCUUGCGGAUGGAUCGGGCGUGUCCGUGCAGUACACUGGGUAUCUGAAAUUGGAUGAGAAAGCGAGGCGGUUCAUGGCUCGCGGACCUGAUGCCCAAUCCACGAAUUUUGAGGAUCAUGACUGGUGGGUACGACCGGUCAUUGAGACUGGAGUACCCCAGUUCAAGUGGACGGAAUCGAAGCUUUUCGUGGCCCGCGGACGAUUCCGCGUGGAAAAUGACCAGCUGCUUGUUGAGUAUCAGAUCUUCGAGGUUGGCGUGUGAGCAGACGAAGAGGGGAUCGAGACAGUAUGAAAUUUGAAUGGAAUCAAGGUUUCAGCGAUAUUGUUUUUUCGGAGCGUGUGCACUCAUCUCGCCCCCCAUUAUUAGCCCCACAUUUUCCUCGGCUUAGCAGUUCGUCUAAAUAUACCUCCCACGGUAGCCGGCCGAAAUACAAUCUGUUUAGUCAAG